CAUGGAGAUGGAGCGGCGGUUCAAGGUCUACGUGUACUCGGAAGGGGAGCCGCCCAUCGUCCACGACGGGCCGUGCAAGGACAUCUACACCGUCGAGGGCCGGUUCAUACACGAGAUGGAGCAUGGAUCUGCGGCAGCCAGGUUCGGGACGAGGGACCCAAGGCGUGCCCAUGUCUACUUCAUGCCGUUCAGCGUGACCCGGAUGGUGACGUACCUGUACAAGCCACCCACGUAUGACGUGACCCCUCUCCGGCGGUUCGUUGCCGACUACGUGCAGGCGGUGUCAGCGAAGUACCCGUUCUGGAACCGGACUCGCGGGGCCGACCACUUCAUGGUGGCCUGUCAUGAUUGGGGCCCUCAUGCAUCCCUUGGCGAUGCCCAUCUUUACAAAAACUCGAUUCGUGCCUUGUGCAAUGCCAACGCCUCCGAAGGGUUCAACCCUCAAAAGGACGUGAGCUUGCCCGAAAUUUACCUCUUGGACGGCAACAUCUCCCCUAAACUCCUCUCCCCGCCACCGCCGCACGUCCCUCGCCCACUUCUCACGUUCUUCGCGGGAGGCCUCCACGGCCCGAUUCGGCCUAUCCUCCUCCACCACUGGAAAGACAAGGGCGACCCCGACGUCCGUGUCUACGGGUACCUCCCCAAGCACUUGGACUACUACACCCUCAUGCUCCAAUCCAAGUUCUGCCUGUGCCCUAGCGGGCAUGAGGUGGCAAGCCCUAGGAUUGUCGAGGCCAUCUACGCGGAGUGCGUGCCGGUCAUCAUCUCGGAGCACUAUGUCUUGCCGUUCAGCGACGUGCUGAACUGGGAUGCCUUCUCGGUCAAGGUCGAGGUGUCAGAGAUUCCAAGGCUGAAGGAGAUACUGAAGGCGGUCCCAGAGGAUGAGUACAGGAGGUUGAGGCAGGGCUUGAAGGCCGUGAGGAGACACUUCGUGCUGAACCAGCCGGCGAAGAGGUUCGAUGUGUUCCACAUGGUGUUGCAUUCUAUAUGGCUUAGGAGGCUGAAUCUUAAUCUCGGAUAGAUAAUUCGCUGACCUCAGGACUUAAUUGUGGUGUCACACAUAGAAACCUAACCACUCAUACCAUAUUAUGGAAUAGUUGACUUGCUUAUACUCCAUAUUAAAGUAUAUUCGCUUGAACAAGCUGGGAUUUUUAGAA